GUUGGUAACACAAUCAAUUUUCACCAACCGCAACUAACUUAACUCUCUUUCCGUUUUUCGUGUGUGUUGUUGCUGUCGGAGCACCAAAGCAACUUCAUCAAGAUGAAACUUAAUAAAUUAGUGUCCUCAUCGCGUAGUAAAAAUAGGAAGCGUCAUUUCACCGCUCCUUCGCAUGUUAGACGCACUUUGAUGUCAUCGCCUUUAUCGAAAGAAUUGAGACAAAAGUACAAUGUUAGAAGUAUGCCGAUUAGAAAAGACGAUGAAGUACAGGUUGUACGUGGUCAUUUUAAAGGGCAACAAGUAGGUAAAGUGGUACAAGUUUACAGGAAAAAAUUCGUUAUUUACAUUGAACGAAUUCAAAGGGAGAAAGCUAAUGGAGCUAGUGUUUACGUUGGUAUUCAUCCAUCAAAAGUUGUAAUUGUAAAACUGAAAAUGGAUAAAGAUAGGAAGAAGAUUAUCGAUAGGAGGAGUAAAGGACGUGCACUUGCCCUUGGUAAAGAUAAGGGUAAAUAUACUGAAGAAACAGCUGCCGCUGUGGACGCUUCUUAAAUCUUUGACGUUCAUUUGUAUUUAAUAAUAAAAAAAUGGAAAAAAUUAA